UGCGGGCUCGCCGGGGUACCAGCGCUGCCGCAUCCCUGCCGAGCUCCUAGCGCCGGCGGUCCGCCCACCAGGCAGCUCCCGCUCCGCAGCCUCGAGGCAGACCCCGGCGAGGCCUGGCAGGUCCAAACCAGAGCGCAGCUCGGUCCAGUUGGGGCGGCGGCGGAGAUGCGGCGGCUCGGGGGCACCCUGCUCUGCCUGCUGCUGGCGGCGGCGGUCCCCACGGCCCCCGCGCCGGCUCCGACGGUGACUUCUGCCCCGAUCGAGCCCGGCCCGGCUCUCAACUACCCUCAGGAGGAGGCCACUCUCAACGAGAUGUUCCGCGAGGUUGAGGAACUGAUGGAGGACACGCAGUACAAACUGCGCAGCGCGGUGGAGGAGAUGGAAGCCGAAGAGGCUGCUGCUAAAACAUCAUCAGAAGUGACCCUCGCACACUUACCUCCCAGCUACCACAACGAGACCAACACAGAAACCAAGGUGGGAAAUAAUACCAUCCACGUCCACCGAGAAAUUCACAAGAUCACAAACAACCGGACUGGACAGAUGGUCUUUUCAGAGACAGUCAUUACGUCGAUGGGAGAGGAAGAAGGCAAAAGGAGCCACGAGUGCAUCAUUGACGAGGACUGCGGGCCCAGCAGGUACUGCCAGUUUUCCAGCUUCGAGUACUCCUGCCAGCCGUGCCGGGACCAGCAGACACUCUGCACCCGAGACAGCGAGUGCUGUGGAGACCAGCUGUGCGUGUGGGGUCGCUGCAGCAAAACUCCCGCUGCAGGCGGCAACGGGACCAUCUGUGACAACCAGAGAGACUGCCAGCCGGGGCUGUGCUGUGCCUUCCAGAGAGGUCUAUUGUUUCCUGUGUGCACACCCCUGCCCGUGGAGGGUGAACUCUGCCAUGACCCUGCCAGCCGGCUUCUGGACCUCAUCACCUGGGAGCUGGAGCCCGAUGGAGCUUUGGACCGGUGCCCAUGUGCCAGUGGCCUCCUCUGCCAGCCCCAUAGCCACAGCCUGGUGUACGUGUGUAAGCCCACCUUCGUCGGGGGCCGUGAUGAGGACGGGGAGAGCCUGGUGCCGAGAGAGGCCUCUGAUGAGUAUGAAGAUGGCAGCUUCAUGGAGGAGGUGCGCCGGGAGCUGGAGAACCUGGAGAGGAGCCUGUCAGUGGAGAUGGCUCUCGGGGAGCCCGGGGCUGCCUCUGAGCUGCUGGAGGGAGAGGAGAUUUAGACCCAGGCCUGUUGUGUGGGUAGACGUGCAAUAGAGUAGCUAAUUUAUUUCCCCAGCUGUGUCCUUAGGUGUGGGCUCACCAGGCUUUUUUCUGUGGCCUCUUCCCAGUACACUUUCCUUCUGGCUUGAAACAACAUGAGGGGCUGCACCCUUGUCCAGCACGCCUCGCCCCACUGUGCAUCCUCACAGCUCUGGUGCCUGGGGAAGACUGGGGUGUAGGAGGCUGAAGCAGAACAGGGCUGCUAAACUGGUCCAAAGUAUUGGCAGCUCCGCCUCUGCUGGUUGGCAGAUGGCAUGUUUCGUUUUGUAUGACAUUGCCUUGAGUGUUGUUGGGGGGCGGGGAGGGGAUGGAAGAGGAUGCAGAAUUUCCCCAUGAUGGGUUUUAGGGGAAUGUUGACUCUCAGACACGUGGAGAAGGAUGCCCUGCUUUGCAAACGUAAACCUGUGAAAAUGCAACCAGUGAAUCUGCCAUGCUGUUCCCGCCGUGGGCACAGGCACACGCUGCCCUGAGCUGCUGCAGGUGAGAUGUCUUCUGCGUUGCCUGCAUCCAUCCUCUCAGCAGUGUCACUCAGCUCCUACCUCUGUGCUGGGGCAGCAGUCCACGUCCUCUCACCACAGCCUGCUGAAGCGGGGUAUUGGUCUCCUUGUUGGUCAGGAUCUCGGAGGCUCAGAGAUGUCAUCUUGCUUGCCCAAGUCACAGCUAGUAAAGACCAGAGCAGACUGCCCAGGUGUGACUCCAAGCCCAGUGCUCUCCCUACUGCUCCCCAUCAGCUUCCGUGUGCCAAAAGUCCCCCCUAUGAGGAGGACGAGAUUUUUCUUUUUUUUGAGGUACAUAUGGAACAAAAGUCAACCUAGUUCACAUAUCCCUAUAAGGUUGAACUUCUACUGUUAGAAAUACAGCAUGCUUGCUGUGGGGGUGGCUGUCAUUCUAGCGGAGACAGAAAGUACUAAAACUGUCCCCUGUGGCAGUCAGUCACAUCAGUAGCCUUAAAGGUACACAUGACUGGAGCAUAAUAUACGUUAACUUGCCAGAAACAGUACUUAGGUAAUCGUAGGGCCAGGAUUAUAAAUGAAAUUUGUAAAAUCACUUACCAACAACCGAAGACCAUUAUCAGCCACAUGGAGAAAAUCAAACCAAGCAAGGCUCUAUGAAAUAUGGUUGUAAUAUCCAAGCUGAGAGCACUGAACUGUACGCUGUUCCAUAAAUGAUAUUUUCAGGUGUCAUGGACUGUUUCCAUCAUGUAUGCAUCCAGAGUUAUUAAAUGUUAAAGUCACAAUUGUAUAAGCAUGCUUUCUUUGAGUUUUAAAUUAUGUAUAAACACAUAUGUUGCAUUUAGAAACCAAGCAUAAAUCACUUAAACUACUCUUUUGUAA